AUGCAGGCUCUAUCGUUCCUCUUCGUGAUCGCAGCUGUGAUCUCCUUCACAGCUGCUCAGACUCACCAGCGUCUGGGCGGCUGCCCUGACCUGGGUUGCGUGUUCCCUCCAGACCAGGCUGAUUUCCUUCCUGGUCAAUUCUUCGAUAUCCGUCUUGAGGUCCACUCUCCUAUCAACGGCUCUGAGGCUCGCGUUGGUGAACCUGACCCUAACUUCACCUUCACCAUCGCCAAGAAGGGUCACGAGGGCGUGCCGGCUACCAAGUUCUUUGGCCAGGAUGAGCCAAAGCUGGAGCACUGGGACUUCAGCUGGUACGAGGAUCGCUUCGCUGAGGAUGCUCACACACCCUCCGUUGUCAACGUCACUUCCAAGAUCUUCCGUCGUGUGGCUCUUAAGGAGCCAGGUGAGUAUGAGGCUACUCUCACUUAUUACGGAACCCGGAAGACCGUCGCCAACUGGCUCGUUCGGAAGGUGCCGACUAAGCGUCGUGCUAAGAACGUCAUCCUUUUCAUCGGUGAUGGAAUGACUACGAACAUGAUCACUGCUGCCCGUCUCAUUGCCCACAAGAGCAUCAACGGCAAGUAUAUGACCAAGAUGGCCCUGGACAAGUUCCCCGUUUUGGGCCACCAGAUGACCCACUCCAUGGACUCGUUCAUCACCGACUCGGCCAACUCUGCCACUGCUCUGUACUCUGGCCACAAGACCACGGUCAAUGCUCUCAAUGUGUACGUCGACUCUUCCAAGAGUCCCUUCGACGACCCCAAGUUUGAGACCAUUGUGGAGAUCUUCCGUCGCCAACAUCCCAAUGCCGGUGUCGGUAUCCUGUCCACUGCUUUCUUGGCCGAUGCCACUCCUGCUGCCUUGACCGCUCACACCAGCAAGCGUGGCGAGUAUGACCAUGUCAUCAGCACCUUCUACGAGGGAUUGACCAACUAUACCUGGACGGAGUGGACUGGUCCUGACGUUCUUCUUGGCGCCGGUGCUGAGAACUUCCUCAAGUCCGAGGAGGCCUCGCGUGAGUACUAUGACUUGUUCGCCAAGAAGAACUACAACGUCGCUUGGAACAAGACUGCCCUGCAAAAGGCACCAAAUGAGGACAAGCUGCUGGGUGUCUUCUCCAAGUCCAACCUCCCAGUUUGGUUGGACCGCAACGUCUACACAGCAAACCUCCUGAACAAGACCAACUACCCAGAUGGUUCUGGUCGUGACGCUGAUGAUCUGCCCGGUCUCAAGGAGAUGACCCUCAAGGCCAUCGAUGUGCUACACCAGCGCAGCGGCAAGGAGGGUUGGUUCAUGAUGGCCGAGGCUGCUAGUAUCGACAAGCAGAUGCACACUCUGGACUACGACCGUGCCCUGGGUGACCUGCUCGAGCUUGAUGACACCGUCAGUGCCACCAUCAACAAGCUCAAGUGCAUGGGCGAGCUGGAGGACACCUUGAUCCUCGUCACCGCGGACCACGGCCACGGUUUCGACGUCACCGGCUCCGUCGAUACCAAGUACAUGGAAGCCCAGCACGACGACCGCAGCAAGCGCAACGCCAUCGGCUACUACGAGAACUCCGGUCUGUCCCAGUACACUGUUGGUGGACCCAACUCUCUGCGCUACUCGGAGGGUGUUCACUUCCCCAGCCACUGGGAUCCUCGCUACACCCUGCACUCCGGCGUUGUCGCAUUCCCUGACCACCGCGAGAACUAUGAGGUUCACAAGGACGGCCCACGUACCCCCGCUGUAUCUACUAAGGGCGAUAAGAUGGGGAACAUUGCCAACUACAAGGAUGCCGUUACUGGCUACCUUGUUAACGGAACCUUGCCUGUGGAUGCCUCCCAGGGUGUUCACUCGCUGACUGACGUGCCCGUGUUUGCGCGCGGCCCCUGCCAGGAACUUUUCGGUGGAGUUAUUAACUCUAUCGACAUUUUCUUCGGCAUGGCUGAGUGCCUGGGUCUGUCGGAGAGCAAGUGA